AAAUUUCAAACAGUUUGUAAAGUGAUUUUCAAGUGUUAACAACAAACAAUCGAUCGAAACGAAGGCGAUCGCAUACGAAUUGGAUUAAAAUAUAGACUUGUGGAUUAUUUAAACAAUAGCAGCAACAAAAAUGCGUUUUAGCUCGUUUAUAGUAGGAUUACUUUUGGUGAUCACUUUGUGUGAGGGCGCCGUUGUACCGCGACGUACUUAUCGCAAUACAGAGGAGAUUUUGGUGCCCGUAACCAUUAUACAAGAUGGAGAGGAAAUUAAGGCAACGCCGCAAGUCACCGAAAAUGAAACAGUUUCUGAAAUUAAGAAUUUAGAAGCUCCAGCCACACCGGAAGAGACUGUGGCUGCUGUUGCAGUACCUGAAAAUGAGGAACAAAAUUUGGAGGCUAUUGAAGCGGUAGCAGUAGAGGCACAACGUCGCAUAGAUGAAGCCAUUGUUGAGGAGGAAAUUAAAGAAGCUGUACAAGAGGAGCAACAACAAGAAAUCGAACUAGCUGUAGAAGAGGAGAAUAGAUUGAGAUCAACUCUUCCUGUAGAACAACAAACAGUAAAUGUCAUACAACCAGCGGUCGUAGCUGUAGCCAACGAUGCUGUUGAACAGGUUGCUGUUGCUGACCCAGCACAAAAAGUCGUAGAGACCGAAAAAGCUUUAGAUUUAAAAUCAGUAGUAGUAGAACAGGAAACUCCCGAUCGUGUUGUGGUGGUAAUAGAAACCAGCAACGAAGAGGCUGAACAGCCAGAAGGUUCUGUACGUCAAGCUACCCAAGCAACACCCACUCAAAGUUCGACACAACAAAAUUUUGUACAACAAUUAAUACAAAAUUCACCUUUAGGACAAUUUUUCAAUCAAAUAACAGGACAACCCGGCACACAAGUGGCCAAUGAUGAGACACAACCUGCUGCUCCAGCACCCACAUUACCUGGUUUAUUUAAUCCCGUCACUGCUGUUCAGAAUGCUGCUCAAUCUGUGGUCAAUUCUACUACUCAGGCUUUCCAAGGUUUACAACAAUUUGCCUCGAAUAUUGGCAGUCAAUUCCAAAACACAUUAUCCGGUUUGGCAGGCCAACAACAACAAGAGGGAGCUAAUGACGCCACCACCGCUAGACCCCCAGGACCCAUACAACAACUAGUCAACACUUUUAUGGGCAACAAUGGACAACAGACACAACCUGCUCCCACACAACAGGGUCCUCUACAGGGUUUACUCAACAUCUUCCAAGGAAACAAUAGACCUCAAACUGCUACCGUCGCUGCUGCUAUUACCAACCCUGAACCUCAACCCGCCAAAGAACCAGAAGUUCCUGAAGAAACCCCAGUAGUUGCCGUUAACGAAAAUACUGUCGAUGAAACUAUCAGUAAUGAAGUAAGAGCUGACAGUGCCGAGGCUAAUGAUUCCUUUGAGGACACUGUACAACCCGAUGAAUUAAUUGUUGUCAAUGAUGAUCCUGCUGCCGGGCAAACCGACACUGAACAAGAUCAAGAAGUUGCAGCUGUUGGUUCAAAUUAAUUAGGGAGGGUUUUCAUAUUUAGUUAGUAGUUUAUAGGUCCAUAAUGUGUAAGUCUACUUUUAAGGUUUUUUCCAGCAAAUAAUCUAAAUUUUAGAAUUUGUAGAUUUAAAAAAAAUCAAUUCAUUUGCCGCCAUUAUCAUCGCCAUUUAUUAAUUUAAACAUUAAGAUUCAUCAAGAUAAAACAACGAAAUUAUUUAUUUUUUUAUAUUUAUCCACUUUAUUUAAUAAAAACGCAAGAAAUUAAGCAAAUAAAAAACA